AUGUCUUUGAUCAAGUUUUCACCGCUCUUUCUCUCUCUCUAUCAUACUUUCCCAUACUCUCUCCAUUUUCCCCUUGCUCUUUCUGUCUUUCUUUCUCUUUUUCUCUCUUCACAUUUCCUGUUAUCUCUCUCUCUCUCUCUCAAUCUCUCCCCACUUUUUACUCUCCCCGUUUUCUCUGACUUUUCUCUCUGCACGUUUCCUCCCGGGCUCUCUCUCUCUCUCUCUCUCUUUCUUUCUUUCUCACUCUCUCUCUCCCCACACACUUUCCUUAUUCUGUCUCUGUCUUUUCCUUUCUCUCUUUCUCUACCACUUUCCCUUGUUCUAUUUCUUUUUUUCUAUCUAUAUUUCCCCGUUCUCUCUUCUCUCUCCCCCUUCACAUCUCUUCUCUUUCUCUCUCUCACUCUCUCUCUCUCUCUUUCUUUCUUCUUUCUUCUCUCUCUCUCUCCCCACACACUUUCCUUAUUCUGUCUCUGUCUUUUCCUUUCUCUUUCUCACCACUUUCCCUUGUUCUAUUUCUUUUUUUCUAUCUAUAUUUCCCCGUUCUCUUCUCUCCCCUUCACACAUCUCUUUCUCUCUCUCUCUCUCUCUCUCUCUCUUUCUUUCUUUUCUCACUCUCUCUCCCCCCACACACUUUCCUUAUUCUGUCUCUGUCUUUUCCUUUCUCUCUUUCUCUACCACUUUCCCUUGUUCUAUUUCUUUUUUUCUAUCUAUAUUUCCCCGUUCUCUCUUCUCUCUCCCCCUUCACAUCUCUUCUCUUUCUCUCUCUCUCUCUCUCUCUCUUUCUUUCUUUCUCACUCUCUCUCUCCCCACACACUUUCCUUAUUCUGUCUCUGUCUUUUCCUUUCUCUCUUUCUCUACCACUUUCCCUUGUUCUAUUUCUUUUUUUCUAUCUAUAUUUCCCCUGUUCUCUCUUCUCUCCCCUUCACAUCUCUUCUCUUUCUCUCUCUCUCUCUCUCUCUCUCUCUUUCUUUCUUUCUUUCUCACUCUCUCUCUCCCCACACACUUUCCUUAUUCUGUCUCUGUCUUUUCCUUUCUCUCUUUCUCUACCACUUUCCCUUGUUCUAUUUCUUUUUUUCUAUCUAUAUUUCCCCGUUCUCUCUUCUCUCUCCCCCUUCACAUCUCUUCUCUUUCUCUCUCUCACUCUCUCUCUCUCUCUUUCUUUCUUUCUCACUCUCUCUCUCCCCACACACUUUCCUUAUUCUGUCUCUGUCUUUUCCUUUCUCUCUUUCUCUACCACUUUCCCUUGUUCUAUUUCUUUUUUUCUAUCUAUAUUUCCCCGUUCUCUCUUCUCUCUCCCCCUUCACAUCUCUUCUCUUUCUCUCUCUCUCUCUCUCUCUCUCUUUCUUUCUUUUCUUUCUCUCUCUCUCUCCCCACACUUUCCUUAUUCUGUCUCUGUCUUUUCCUUUCUCUCUCUCUACCACUUUCCCUUGUUCUAUUUUUUUUUUUUCUAUCUAUAUUUCCCUGUUCUCUCUUCUCUCUCCCCUUCACAUCUCUUCUCUUUCUCUCUCUCUCUCUCUCUCUCUCUUUCUUUCUUUCUCACCUCUCUCUCCCACACACUUUCCUUAUUCUGUCUCUGUCUUUUUCUUUUCUCUUUCUCUACCACUUUCCCUUUGUUCUAUUUCUUUUUUCUAUCUAUAUUUCCUCGUUCUCUCUUCUCUCUCCCCCUUCACAUCUCUUCUCUUUCUCUCCCUCUCUCUCUCUCUCUCUCUCUCUCUCUCUCGCAUAAUCUUUCAACUCAAACCCCGUUCUUUAUUUUUAUUUUCCUCUCUUCACUUUUCCUGUCCCCCACCCCACCACGAUUUUUCUCUUUUUCUCCGAUUUCUCUCUCUGCACAAUUUCUCCAUUCUCUGUGUCUCUCUCCAAUUUCUCGAUUCUUCUCUUUUUCUCCCACUCUCCCCCGUUCUCUCUCUUUUUCUGUGUCUACUUUUUUCUGUUCUCUUUUUUCUUAACUUUACCCCGUUCUCUCUCACUCUCUCCACUUUUCCUUGUUCUUUCUUUUCUCUUUUUCUCUAUUCACUUUCUCUCUCUUCUCUCUCUCUCUCUCUCUCUCUCUCUCUCUCUCUCAAUGUAUCUCUUUAUUUAUGUACGGUUAUCUGUUCUCUCUUACCCUGUCUCUCUUUUUUGUCUUUUCCCAUUCUCUCUCUGUCGCUUUCUUUCUCUAUAUUUCCCAUUUCUCUUUCUUCACGUUUUCACUGUUCUCUCUCUGUCUCUCACUUCCCUUUUCGCUCUACUUUUUCCACAUCUUAUCUCUCUCCACGUUUUUUCCGGUUGCGCGCUCUCUCUCUCUUUCUCUCUCUCUCUCUCUCUCUCUCUCAUUCAACUUUCCCCAGUCUGCCUCUCUACCACUUCCCCGUUCACGCUCUCUUUUUCUUUCUCUACUUUUCUUCGUUUUCUUUCUCUUUCUCUGCAUACAUUUACCCUUUUUCCUCUCCCUAUCUCUCUCUUUAUCUCAUUCACUCUCCACUUUUUCCAUUGUGCCGGACUGCCAGUACCGCUGUCUCAUCUAAUCAAAAUGUCCAUCUAUCUUUUUUCCUCUUUUGGAUAUUUGCCAAAUCUUUCAAAAGAGUGACCGCCGUCAAGACUUUUCAACAUUUCUAG